AAAGAGGAGGACAGUGGAUCUGAAUGCAACAGUUCACGGGUCUGUUCUUCGACACAGUCUGCUGAAGGGCAUCUCUGCACAGAUCGUCUCUGCUGCUGACAAAGUGGAUGCUGGACUGCCAACUGCUAUAACAGUGUCAGGGGUGAUCGCUGUGGGAACAUCUCAUGGUCUGGCUCUGGUCUUUGACACCAACCAGGCUCUGCGGCUCUGUCUGGGUACCAAGGCAACUGGGGCAGAGUUUGGAGCCGUCUCCGCCCUCACCAUCAACCACGAUUGCUCACGACUUCUCUGCGGGUUCGCCAAAGGACAGAUCACCAUGUGGGAUCUAGCCAAUGGGAAGCUUCUGAGAACUAUCAAUGAUGCCCACCCUCCUGGGACAGCUAUACUGCAUGUGAAGUUUACAGACGACCCAACUCUUGCAGUGUGCAAUGACAGUGGAGGAUCAGUUUUCGAGCUGGCUUUCAGGAGGGUGAUGGGGAUGCGGUCCUGUGACUCUCGAUGUCUCUUCAGUGGGUCUAAAGGGGAGGUGUGCUGUAUUGAACCGUUGCAUGCUCCUCCAGACUUCAGAGACCAUCCAAUCACACACUACUCUCUGCUGGCUAUGGCCUCUCUCACUAAGAUUCUGGUCAUUGGACUUAAGCCCUCGCUGAAAGUCUGGAUGACUUUUCCCUACAGCAAGUCUGAUCCAUCCAGUGUUCCUCAGCUGGCCUGGCAGUUUGUUCCUGUUCAGAAGAUGGUCAACCCAAUCCUGGCUUUUUGCAAAGGAGACACAGUCCACUUCCUCCUGGUAAAGAAGGAGGAGACGGGGACCAUCCAUGUCAUCAAACAAAGACAACUCCACCUCAGCUGUGACAUCAUUAGCCUGAGUUGGAUUAACAGCCGCACGCUGGUCCUGGUAGACAGCCACGAAAAGCUGCAGGUUGUGGACCGGCCCAGUCAGGAGGUUUUGGAGACUCUGGACUUGGAGCAGGUGCAACUGGUCUAUAACAGCCGGCAUUUCAAAUCGCUGGCCACUGGAGGGAAUGUCUCCCAGGCUCUGGCUUUAGUCGGAGAGAAGGCCUGCUACCAGUCCGUCUCGAGCUACGCAGGACAGAUCGUCUAUUUGGGCACCAAGUCAGCUCACAUUAUGACUCUAAGGAACUGGAGAGAGCGUAUAGACUGCCUGCUGAAACAGGAGCAUUUUGUCGAGGCUCUCUCUCUGGCCUGGUCCUUCCAUGAGGGAACUGCUAAGGCUGUGGUUGGCCUGUUUGGAGAUCCAGUGAAAAGGAAGGGAGUGGUGGGUGACAAGAUGGUAGAGGUCAUUUUCCAGUUUGCAGAGCAUGCUUUGAAGAAGUGUCCAGAACAUGGCAAGAUCCAAGUGAUGGAGCAACACUUCCACGAUGUGGUUCCAGUGCUGGUGGAUUACUGUCUCCUGCUACAGAGGGCCGACCUGCUGUUCAACCAGCUGUAUGCUCGGCUGGGGGAGAACACGGUUGCUAAGGGUGUCUUUCUGGAGUCACUGGAGUCAUACAUUGUUGCGGACCGCCUUGGCCACCUCACCACGCCCAUCAUGAGGGACCUCCUGGCCCAUUACCAUGGCAAUGGUAUGAUGGACAGUCUGGAGAGAUGCAUCGUCCAUCUGGAUGUCACCAGCCUGGACAUACAGCAGGGAAGGUCACCAUCCAGGGAUCCUCCUGCUACAGGAACAUGACCUCCAUGAGCUUCUGCUGGACUUAAUGUGCCGCUUUGCCCCCCAGCAGCUCCUGAGCUUCCUCCAGACCUCCCAGCACUACAGACUGGAGGAGGCCAUACAAAUAACAGAGAAGUACCACCACAAUGAGGCUACAGCCUACCUGCUAGAAAAGAAGGGAGACGUUCAAGGAGCUUUUGCUGUCUUGUUAGAGACACUGAAGGACAAGCUGAGUCUCCUCACUGCUGAGAGUGAUAGAGUCGAAGGAGGGAAAGGAAGACAGGAUGAGGAGGAGGGAGGUGACGAAGCAACGCUGACAGGAGUGAAGGACUCACUGAAUGAAAUCAUUGUCUUGUGUCAUCGAAGCUCCCAGAACCUCUACCAGCAACAAAGAGAGGUGCUGUGGUUUCCUCUGCUGGAGACCAUGAUGGCUUCUCAAAAACUAGUGAAGGGGCUCAAUGCCAAACACACAUUUGAAGUGCUGAAGGAGCUGACCAUGAAGGUUCUCAACUGUAUGAGCACCUUUAUUUCUCUUCCUGCCAUUAUCCAGCGAAUACUGCAGGACCCAGUCUAUGGGAAAGGAAAGCUGGCAGAGAUUCAAGGCCUCAUUCUGGGUAUGCUGGACACUUUUAACUAUGAACAGACUUUACUUGAAACAACCACCAGUCUGUUGAACCACGACCUCCACUGGUCCCUGGCUCACCUGCGCGCUGCCGUCACAAGAGGGCUCCACCCACGGCAGGACUACUGUAACAUCUGCCUGCAGCAGUACAAGAGGAGGCAGGACUCUGCAGAGGAGAUCAUUGUGUUCAGCUGCGGCCACCUGUACCACUUCCAGUGUCUGCAGCAGAAGGACUGUGGGUGGGGCUUCGCUUCAGAGCAACAACAGCGGUGGAGCUGCUACAAGUGUUCCUCCAGCCAAGGAGGAAGGGCAGGGUCUUCUGCCGAGCCAAACAGAGGCCGCAGCACGUCACUGGCACAGACUCGAGUUACAUCAGUGCAUCAUGAUGUGGGAGCAGAGGCUGACAGAAAGAAGGUGUUUGUUGAGGCAACGUUGGACCUUCAGCAGGAACAGUCCUGGGAUCAGCUACGCUGUUUAUACCGAGGGCCGUCCAGGUUGUCCAUCCUUUCAGAGCUGUCCCACUGCCAUAGCAGUGAGAAGACGGGGCUUCUAAUCACAGCCCAGCCAGGAACAGAGAAUUUCCAACUUAAACUCGCUCCUCCACCUCUGUUGGAGGAGUAGCACCAGGACUGGCUGAGGAUCCAUUUGUCCUCCAUUUGUCCAGACUUGAGUGAAGCAGGACUGCUUAAAGACUGAUUUCCUGCUUUCCCCUUACUGUUCUUCAUCAGUGUCGAAUGCAGUUUUCCACCAUUUUUGAUAUUGUUUAACUUGUUUCAAACUGUUGAUAAUAUUGGGUCACUGGUAAUUCUACUGAAUGUAGCUUUAAUUCCAUCCAUUGUUUAUGCUUUAGUUUGCAUGUUGUCAAGAAGUGGAUCAUAACAUAACUGCGAAGAAAGUUAAAACUCGUAUUUUGGAGGGGGGCAUUGAUACUGAAUGUUUGUUUACAAGCAGUAAACAACACAAGAUACUUCCUCCUCUCUUAUUUCUGCACACUGAUAUAAACACUGAUCCUAACUUGUUUAAUGUGAAAGGUUCUAGCGUGAUGAUACCACAAUGCAGCUCCUAACUGACAGUGAUAAAUUACCUUUAUUGAAUGAUUGAAUUCAAGAUCUCAUGAGGUGUUUUCUGAGUGAGAAAUCUCCCAUCGUUUUUGUGGUAUCGGUGGAACAAACAUUUCAGAACAGAAGAUAAUUUGAUAAACGCAAACUCAUUUUCCGGCUCCUUAUUUAAACCAAUCAUUAGGUCAACUUCUAAAGGAACUUAAUCUCACAAUAAGGCUGUUUGGGACUUUUAUGGGUAGUGUGGAAGUCCAAAGAGGGCUAUGUAUGUAUGUAUUAUUAGAGAGGGCUGUCUGACUUUUUUUCUCUUUACUUCAGACUUCUCUUGUGGGCUUAAUAAUGACUUCUUGUUAUAUUUGUUAGAACUUUGUACAUGAGACAGAUAAUCUGUAAAACACAGGUUCACUUUGGACUUCACCGGGUCUAAACAAAAACAACCAAUCAGAGCUAAGUAAUAUGGAAAGACACAUAGGAUUGGCUCAUUGUUGAGUCUCAUUCCCAGCAUCGAUAUUUGACAACCUGGGAAUGAGACUGAACAAUUGACUAUCUUUCUCAGCUCUGAUUGGUUGUUUUCGUUCAGGCCUGGUGGAUUCUUGUAAAUGUCAUAA